AUGCGUUUCACCCUCUCUACCCUGUUGGCUCUCGUGCCCGGUCUUCUGGCUGCUCCUCUGGAGGUUCGCGACAACGCCAGUCUCGACGUGACUCUCAGCCAGGUGGGCAACACCCGCAUCAAGGCUGUCGUCAAGAACACUGGCAAGGAGGAGGUCACCUUUGUGCAUCUCAACUUCUUCAAGGACUCUGCUCCCAUCCAGAAGGUUGCCCUCUACCGCAACGCCACCACCAUUGACUUCCAGGGUAUCAAGCAGCGCAUCAAGUACCAGGAUCUGUCGGACGAUGCUCUGACCACCCUGGCUGCCGGUGCCACCUUUGAGGAUGAGUUCGAUAUCGCCGAGACCAGCGACCUGACUGAGGGUGGUGCCCUGUCCCUGAGCAGCAACGGCUUCGUGCUCUCUGCCAAGGGCAACUCGGUCAACGGCUACAUCCCCUUCACCUCCAACGAGAUCACCAUCGAUGUUGACGCUGCCGAGGCUGCUCUGGUGCCUAGCGCCAUCCCGACCAUCGAUAAGCGUACUCGCAUUGCCUCCUGCUCCGGCACUCGCUCCACCGCGCUGCAGACGGCCCUCCGCAACACCGUCUCCCUGGCCAACGCCGCUGCCUCGGCCGCCUCCUCGGGCUCGUCCACUCGCUUCAACGAGUACUUCAAGACCACCUCCAGCUCGACCCGUAGCACCGUCGCUGCUCGCUUCCGUGCCGUCGCCAGCGAGGCUGGCUCCACCUCGUCCGGCUCCACCACCUACUACUGCACCGACACCUACGGAUACUGCAGCUCCAACGUCCUCGCCUGGACUCUGCCCUCCUCCAACAUCAUCGCCAACUGCGACAUCUACUACACCUACCUCACGGCCCUGACCAGCACUUGCCACGCCCAGGACCAGGCCACCACCACCCUGCACGAGUUCACCCACGCCCCGGGUGUCUACAGCCCCGGUACCGAUGACUACGCCUACGGAUACUCUUCCUCCGUGGCUCUCAGUGCCAGCCGUGCUCUGCUGAACGCUGACACCUAUGCUCUGUUCGCCAACGCUGUCAACCUGAACUGCUAG